AUUCCAUCCAGCCAGCCAGCAGAGCUGAGGCAGUUCCCAUUUCCACGUUGGCUUCCUCCUCCCGGUUCCAAUUCCCAUUCCAAUUCCAACAUAUCUGUCGCUUUCCAAAGCCCUCUGUCUGUUUCAAUUAAUAAUUCGAUUCAUCGAAGACUUGCAUAGAAAGUUUCAAACUUUGCAUUCGAUUCCCGUUCUGAGUUCGGAGAAUCUAUAAACUUUCUCUUCCCCGUUCCCUUUCGAAUCAUUCAAGCACAGAGCUUUAUUAAUCCUUCUUCCCCCGCAAAGUCCUUCAAUCACUGCAGUUUCUUCAGUCCCAUUGCCAUGACCUCCAUCCACUUGUUCCUCGCCAACUCGAUUUCUCCGGCGGCGGCAGGCCUCCACCGGGGAGGCUUCUCUGCUAGAUCCAACGGCGGGAGAGCGAUGGCUUGCGCGACGCUGGACCUGCGGGCCGUGGAGCCUGCGACUCAGGGGAGGUUGGGGACCCAGGAGGUGAUGGCCGAGGAGGCUAGGGUUCUGGUCGGGACCUACGCCAGAGCUCCGGUGGUGCUCUCGAGUGGCAAGGGCUGUAAAUUGUUUGAUCCUGAGGGGCGAGAGUACUUGGACUUGACGUCCGGGAUCGCUGUCAAUGCGCUCGGCCAUGGCGAUCCCGAUUGGGUGCGGGCUGUUACAGAGCAGGCCGGUGUUCUCGCCCAUGUCAGCAACGUCUUCUAUUCCAUUCCCCAGGUUGAGCUUGCAAAACGUCUAAUUGCUCGCUCUUUUGCUGAUCGGGUCUUCUUCACGAACAGCGGAACAGAAGCCAAUGAGGCUGCCAUUAAAUUUGCAAGAAAGUUUCAAAGAUUUUCACAUCCUGAUGAGGAGCAGCCACCAACAGAGUUCCUUUCAUUUAGUAAUAGCUUCCAUGGGAGGACUAUUGGUGCUCUUGCUUUGACUAGCAAAGAGCAUUACAGAACACCUUUUCAACCUGUCAUGCCCGGUGUUACUUUCUUGGAGUAUGGAAAUAUUCAAGCUGCAGAAGAACUGAUUCGGUCUGGCAAGAUUGCUGCAGUAUUUGUGGAACCUAUUCAAGGUGAAGGGGGCAUACUCAGUGCCUCCAAGGAAUUCUUACAAGCCCUUCGUCGUGCUUGUGAUAAUGUUGGCUCUCUCCUGGUUUUUGAUGAGGUUCAAUGCGGCUUAGGACGGACUGGCUAUCUCUGGGCACACGAAGCCUAUGGUGUAUUCCCCGAUAUGAUGACGCUUGCUAAGCCUCUCGCUGGAGGUCUACCCAUUGGUGCUGUAUUAGUUGCAGAAAAGGUUGCCGCUUCCAUCAACUUUGGAGAUCACGGAAGCACCUUUGCCGGCGCACCUCUCGUCUGCAAUGCAGCCAUUACUGUUCUAGACAAGAUCUCAAACCCAGAAUUGUUGGCGAGCGUCUCCAAGAAGGGUACGUAUCUCAAGGAAAUGUUAAUCCAGAAGCUGGGAGGGAACUCCCAUGUGAAAGAGGUACGAGGAAUGGGGCUUAUCAUUGGAAUAGAGCUGGAUGUGGCUGCCUCGCCGCUCGUCGAUGCCUGCCGCAAUGCUGGGCUUCUCGUAUUGACCGCAGGGAAAGGGAAUGUUGUCAGGCUUGUGCCGCCAUUGAUCAUCUCCGAGCAGGAACUGAGCCGGGCUGUCGAUAUACUGCUCGAGUGCUUGCCGGCACUUGGGUAAACUCUUUUAACUCAAGUCAAAUUCAAUGCAGGGCGGGGCAGGCGUUGCCUAAAAGGAAUUGUAAUUGUAUGGAUGGUUACGAACUUGCAAUGCUUUUAUGGGGCUUCUGUUCAGUGUUCACUACUUUCUUUCUUUGAAGGAUGAUGAAGUUGGGAGAUAAGGUUGUAGUAAAUCUGGAUUUGGUCCAGGGACUGAUUGUAAAUAAUUAAAUUUGCUCAAUCAGCUUGGCAUGGGAA